GGGCCGGGCCGCCGCAUAUAAACUCGGCGACCGGCACGGCUCUGCCAGCGGCAAGUCUUGCCGUGUUUCCUGAGCCUCUGCUCGGCAGCAGCGCUGCCCGGCUGUCCCGCCCGUCCCGAGGCGGUGCGAGAACAGACCCGCGGCUGCAGCUCUCCGCCGCGGCCGCUGCUGCUUCCCCCCGGCGCCCUCCGCCUCCAGCGGGGCGCGGAGGCCAUGUUCCCGCUGGACUCCACCUGGAAUAUCUCCUUCGCCGGCUGCGGCUUCCUGGGGGUCUACCACAUCGGCGUGGCCAGCUGCCUGCAGGAACAUGCCCCGUUCCUGGUGGCCAACGCCAAGAAGGUGUACGGCGCCUCGGCCGGGGCGCUCACCGCCACCGCCCUCGUCAGCGGCGCCUGCCUCGGUGAGGCUGGUGCCAGCAUUAUUCGGGUGUCAAAAGAAGCUCGGAAGAGGUUCUUGGGCCCACUCCACCCCUCUUUCAACUUGGUGAAGACCAUUCGGAUGUCCCUGUCCAAGAUGGUGCCAGAUAAUGGGCACGAGGUUGCAGCAGGACGUUUGGGUAUUUCCCUGACACGGGUGUCUGAUGGAGAAAAUGUGAUACUGUCAGACUUCAAUUCCAAGGAGGAGCUGAUCCAGGCCUGUAUCUGCAGCACCUUUAUCCCUGUCUACUGUGGGUUGAUACCUCCAACCUUGCGUGGAGUGAGAUAUGUUGAUGGAGGGAUUUCUGACAAUUUGCCCCAAUAUGAGCUGAAGAACACAAUCACGGUGUCUCCUUUCUCGGGAGAGAGCGAUAUCUGCCCACGGGACAGUUCCACAAACAUGCAUGAGCUGAGAGUCACCAAUACAAGCAUCCAGUUCAACCUUCGCAACCUCUACCGCCUCUCAAAGGCCCUGUUUCCUCCAGAGCCACAGGUGCUGCGGGAUAUGUGCAAGCAGGGCUAUCGAGAUGCACUGCACUUCCUGAAGAAGAAUGGUCUCCUUCAUCGUCCAAGUCCUGCCCGUCCUCUCCUUGCUAUAGAAGCACCACCAGGAGAGAAGAAAGAGGAAGAAACAGAAGCUGAGGACCAACUAGAGGACAACACUGCCCUUGCUGUUGUUGAAGAGCACAUCUUUGAACACUUGCCUCCCAGACUGAACCAAGCUCUCCUGGAGGCUUGUGCUGAAAGAAGAAGUUUCUUAACUGGCCUCAGCAACAUGCUGCCUGUGCGUGUGGCCACGGCCAUGAUGGUCCCCUACAUGCUGCCUCUGGAGUCUGCAGUUUCCUUCACUGUCAGGUUGCUGGAAUGGCUCCCAGAUAUCCCUGAGGAUAUAAGAUGGAUGAGGGAGCAGAUGACAGAAAUCUGCAGCUAUCUUGUGAAGAAAGCCAAGAAGAAACUGGGCAGCCAUCUUUCAGCCAGGCUUUACUACCACCUCGAGCUCGGAGGGCCCCAGAAGCUGCCCAUUUCUCCCCCGCCCCCUUGUGGUGAAGCACUGCCCAUGUGGAUUAGGAGCAACCGCUCGGUUUCUGAUGUCAUGAUGAAGUGGGAGGAGUACCAGCGCCAGCUCAUGCUGGGCUUGCUCUGCAUCAACGUGGACAUGCAAGCUUCCCUCUUCCCUCGGGAAGGGUUUCAGUUAAAGCUUCCACCUCUAGACUGUGCAAAAGAGUGCCUGCCACUCUUCUGAGCCUGCUGCUGUGAAGGGAUGAGGGUGGGUGGGAGGGGGUAUGGACAUAGGGUGGGACCAGUCUCAUCCCUCAGCAGCAGGCUGCCCCCUGCUCCUGAAUGUUGCAAAGGGGAUUUCCCCACGAUGGAGACUGGUGGAAUUGACUGUAGCCAUUUGUUGCCCACUGGGCCAAGCAAGGGACCUUUGUGUUCACAGACACACACAGGCUGAUUCCUUGCUCUAGACUUGUGGUGAGGCCUGGCCAUUGCCUGUGGCCAGGCUGAUGCUGACCCAGCUGGGCUCUCCCAGAUAGUGCACUUUGAAUUGCCACUGGCUUUUUACCGCCAAAUAACCAGGAUGUAGAUGAUGCUCUCAAGUUCAUACAGCUUUUACCUCCCUUGGUUUUUCAGAGCAUGUGUCUUCAUUCCUCUCCUUAAAUCAUCUGACAACCCUUAGCUCUUUGUGCUACUGAAAGAUGAAGUAGCCUUUUGCCAAAACAAUUUUUCUCAUGGCUUUCAAAUCUCUUCUUGGCUUUCUUCUUUGCUGAAACCAUGAAAUCCUCUCUCCCUGAAUUGCAUCCACACUGGAAGCCAGAGCUGGUCCUGCAGCAGACUACACUGGAACUGCAGAAGUGUAGAAUAGUUACAUGUUUUCCCUGAUUCAUGUUGCCCUCAUCACUCCCUAUUUGAUUGGGGUCCUCAGGGAACUGCUGUGACUUGAACUCUGAAUGUUAAGUGAUAGAGCUUAUUUAAAGAAGUAAUUUUGAUGGAUUUUUUUUUUUCCAGGGAAAUGUUGAAUUUGAGGCCCUAUUCCUGACUCUGUGAAUGGAAUUGGUGUGGGGUUGCCCUGAAAAAAGCUCAGCCUGGCUAUCUCAGGAUCAGCUUAGCAGCUGAAGCAAUAUGAAGUGCUUUUAGGAAGAUGAGAAUUGUGCAGGGCAUGUUAUUCUUGAGAGGCUUGUGGUGGAGUGUCACAGCAAGUGCUGGGGAAGUGGCUGCCUCUAACAAGGGUCAGUCGGGCUUUGCUCCUUAAGGGGCUGUACAACUGAGGCAAAUUCCAAGUGGGCAAUAUAGAAUGGAUCUCCUGCCAAACUGAGGCUUCUGUCUCUCUUUUGCUCAGAAAGUUUGGUUGUUGAGGCUUUGGAGUGAGAAGGAUUUAGGUUUGUAGCUACAUCAGCAUCACAGCUUGCCUGUCUGGUGUUGCAGCUCACAGGUCCUGUUCUGCAGCCAGCAGUAGCAGGAGCAUGGGAGGUGAAGACUGUUGAUGCACAUGCAGGCACUUGGAACUGUCUCCUCUUUGUCUUGCCCUUCAAAAGACCAGAGCUAGUGGGUCUGUGGCAGAGCAGGACUCUGCCUUGAGACACUGCCUUCUCAGCGUGAUCUGGUUGUGGCUUUGUGUAAGAAGUAUGAAGUUCUUCACAGGGUGAGACAUGGCUUCCUGUGGGGAUUGCAGACUUAAGCUUAGGUCUUCACACUCUGACAAACCCAUCUCCAGGUAUCUUUUUCUGCUGCCUGUCUUGCUACAUGAGGCAUCUUCUACCUCUCCUAACACAGUGUGCAAUGGCCAAAGCAAACAUAUGCUGUCUUUGCUGGGGAGCAGGACAGGGUAUCUGAAGCUGAUUUUGUAGCCUAUACGUGGAGUAGUGAUUUUUUUUUUUUUUUUAAUAGACUCUGUUUUGCACCUUAGAUUUAGAAAAGGAAAAUAAGCCCAGAAGUUGUGCUAAUAACUGGAGAAAGUAAUAAAUCUGCAUGAGCAGUGUGGGUGACAGGGUGGGUGCUGUUUCCUACGAGCACAGUUUGCACUGGGCAUGGGUUUGGUGUUUGUGUGGAGACUGAUAAGCAUCAGGAUUUUCCUGCAGUGGCUGUGCCAAGCUGGGAGGCUAUGGAGUGGGCCUCUGCCCAGGAGAUGCCAGCACAAGAAUGAACUUGUGACUUAGAUUGUCACCCCACUGCCCUUGCUGAAUGUAACUUACCUAACACAAGGGCCUGUGUAGCUUAAAAAGCAGGCCUGCACUUAUGCAGUCAGAUUUAGUCUUAAGCUUUGCAUAAUAUAGUCAGUUAGGGAACAGGGAAGUCACUACAGGAAGAGAAAAAAUUGGAGGAUUCUGAAAUCAGAAUAGAACAUUCAAUUACAAAACAAGUCAAUCUAGUGACUGUUUAAAGCCCACAGAAAAAAAAUGCCAGAUGCUUGUGGAAGUGAACCAGCAACAAGCUACUGUCACUUAGUGGGAGCAGGAUGAAUUUGAUGAAAAUUGGAACUGAGAAAAGGUGUUCACUUUGUGGUUUGGUAUGGGAUUUCUUCCACUGUUUUGGACUUGGGGGGGAAUGGCACAUGCACAGCUACUUAGAUUGCUAAAUGCGUAUCUCUUAUUCCUAGUGCACACAGAGCAAUUGGCAAGAACAUAGAGCUGUUUAGGGGCAACAAAUUAAGGCAUUUUAUCCAGAAGCAAAACAUCUGAGAGAGGCAGAACUGCAUAAAGAAAAUCUUGUGUUUAGAAGCUGCUGCCCUUUUGAUUCUGCUUCUUUUUUUUGAGUUAAUAUAUGGGUGGAGAAAAUUACAGAAGUGUUUUUUUUAUCCCUUCUUCCUGGACUGGUAAAACCACUGAGUGAUUAUGUAAACCACUAAACUAUGAAACAAAAUACUCUUGGCAACAGAGCAUGCUAAGAAGUUGCAGCUUGGCACCCUUAUCCCUUGCCUUUUGCCUCAGAACUGACUGAUCUGGUGCUGACUGGGCUGAUGCCACUGUCUUCUACUGCUCUGAUCCAGAAGGCUUGGGGAUUCUGGUUCAUGCAUUUCAAGAGACCAACAGCUGUGCCUGGUAAAAGGCCUGAGUUUUGUUCUGUGUUUCACCUCAUCUGUAGUUUAAUUUAUUAUAUUAACUUCUCAAUGAGAAACUUUUGUACACUUCAAAAUAUAACCACAAAUCAAAGCCUGGCUUUAAAAAUAAAGGUCUAACUCUUCACAAGGAAAUUCCUUUUUUUCCUAUGCUAAUAUGCAGGGUGUGAAUGGAUAAAAUACCACUCUGUAUUAACCCUUUUUUUCCCUGUUUUUAUUCCCCAAGUGUUAGAAUGGCUACUGUGUGAUAGCUUGUUGGCUUUAUAGAUUUGAGCUCUGAUAAAGGAGCUGCAGAUCUGUUAAAAAUACCUCAAACCAGCCUCAUUUUCCUUUUAAAAAGUUUCACCCAUUUGCUUGAAAUUCUUGCUGCUCAUCCAUCACAUGUCAAAGGAUGAAGGAAUUAAAGAAGAUCACCUUUCCCACUGAUAUAGAAAAAGGGCUGUGUCAGCUUGUGAACAGCUUUUUGUUAUGCAGUGCUGCCUUGUCUAGAUGAGACCCCAGUGUUUUUGAAAUCUCUGGGUUGGAUAUGGAGGGGUUUAUUAUGAUAGUGCUCACUGGAACUGUUCAGCCCCUUGUUCUGUGUGUACCUCAUGGCGUGCAAAGUUAUAUUCUGGGCAGCCAUUGCUCACUGCCAAGUCCAAAGGAGCAAGGUCAUCUGUGGCAGUCAGUCCUUUCUUCUCCUAAAUGUUUGUGGCUGGGCAGCCCAGCAGGGCCUGUCUGCUCUCCAGUAUAUGGUGAGUGAGAGGUCAGGUUCCUGGCUAAAAAUUCAUCUUGUAGUCCAUGUCCAAUGGUCCUUACAGCAUUCAUUGGAUUCCUGCAGGAGUCCCAACCCUUGCCAUUUCCAGUCUUUCACAUAAAGGGUCUGUGCAUUCAGGAAUCCACUUUUUUUCUUCUUCCUGUGUUAUUACUUGCUGCUUUUAACAAGGCUAAUGGUGACCUUGUUGUGCAUCUAACCAGCCCCUAACCUGUACAACACUGUGGAGUUGUUCUAUGUACAACAGUCUGUGCCUAUGGCACACUCUAUAACCUACAAUUAGUGUGUAGUAUAAUUGGUUUGGUUUGCUGCCUGCCCUACUGCUAAUAUUGAUGCAAGCUGAUUUUCAAGGGAUAAGAGAAAAUACUGACCACUAUGUGUAGGACCUAGGAAUUGUCUUCUCAUGGCUUCUUGGCAGACUGUGUACCUGCAACACUCAGACCAGAGAAUAGAAGAGAAUCUGCUGUCUGCUAGCACUGGGGUAUCCCUAGUACUUCUAUAUUCCCCAGUGGUUUAAUUAAUUUAUAAAAAAUUAUCUAGUAAUUCACUACUUCCCUGUGGAAAAGAGCUCUCAUUUUCACCAAAGCAGUUGUGGGAGAAAUACCUGAAACUCUAUUUGUGUUUAUUCCUUAGGGGGGAUCCAUUUCUGCUAAACAUAUGCUAGAUGUGAUGGGUGGCAGGGCAACUGAAGUCAGGGGGCCUUGCCAACAGUUUUCUCAAGCUUUGUUUCUGUCUUCUUAAAUCAGUGGGAGAAUGGACCACCUCACCUGGCUGCCAUGUCAGCCAGCUUGUUUGUGCCAAACACAUGCUGUGCCUUUACAGUGGGCUCUGGCCUCCUGUCCCUCUGGUGUCUGCACUCCUCUGACUGCAGCAGGACUCACUCCCCUCUUGUCUCCCUCCUUCCCUUGCCUGCUGGUGGGACAUUGCUCCUUUUCCAGCCUGCAGGUUCCACUGGGGCAGCCCCUAACUGCACCCAUCCUCUCUGUGGAUCCAGACCAGCCCUCCUGCAUAGGGAGGAUGGAACUCUAGUUCCAAACAGAAGACUUGGAAAUGUAACUUUGAAAUAAAUACCUCUCAUUUCUGGGGUUUUCUCUUGUUCUUGAAAACAGCAUCUAAAGCUCAAAGAGCUUUGUGUGUCCUGGGACUCCACUGUUGCCACUGAGUUUGAGAAGACCCUUAAGCACACAACACAUGUGGAGGUCCUGUGGAAAUUACUGGUGUCAGAGCAGCAACUAGACCAGCAAUAGCAUACACAAGUUAUGUAUUUACAUGGCAAUGUCACUAAGUAGUGUUCACAGUCACUUUAAAAGUUCAGUAUUAAAAUGUUGAUGCUUUUUCCCCUCCUGUUUCUAUUUUCUAAUGUUUUGCUGAAGAAAAUGUAACUAUUUAUUUUGGCAGAAAUAUAUCUUCUAAUAAAAACUUUCUCAAUAUA